GAAGCGCUGCGCUUUGUCUUCUCGUGCUCGAGGCAUACGGAACAACCCUGCAGAGCCACCGUGUUUGUCAGAGAUUACGAAGCCAACUACAUUGAUGGCAUAGCUCUCCUACCUCAAUAUCAAUGUCAAUGGCUGAAUUGAACCAGACAGGCGGCGGUCAUUUUCGGUGCGCGGAUCUGGUAUAGUAAAACACUGGUACAGUCACGUGAUUCUCGUGUUGAGCGGACCUGUCAUCGUCGUCGUACUUUGUGUUGGGUCCAAUGCCACACUCAGACAGUGAUGACGAGUUUCCAAACGACUUUGACGGUGUCGACUUCAGCGCUGUCCCUGAACUCCAAGCCCAGCAACUUCCACCAUCUCAAGCCGGACCCUCAACAAUACCCUCUAGUCAGUCGGAUCGUGCGGGUACCCCCACAUCCGGCCAAGGAAUUGGCAUCGUAACCCCCAUUUCCGGGACCAGGAGUACUAGUCGGGCGUCUUCUCAUUUUGACUCUUUCGACGAAUUGGACGUGGAUCCGUACCUCCUCGCCGCAAUUGACGAGAUCGAAUCGCGUGCCCUUCGGGAACAUCAGUCAGGUACAGUCCCCGCGUUUCCCGAACCCCCUUUCGCGAACGUGUCGCCCUUGGGUGAUUUUGGCAAGGGGAAAAAACGCUCCAUUGCUGAAUGUGAUUUUGAUUCACAAGUUCUGAUAACACCUCCCGUAGUCUUAAGAUUGGACGCACCCAAGUCCAACUCUGGAGAGAGCCUACAGACCAUUCUUGAGGGGUAUGAGAACGAAAUAAUGUGUCCAAUCUGCUGCGACAUCCUCGUUGCUGCGUUCAUGUGUAACCCGUGUGGCCAUACAACUUGUGGAGACUGUGGCUAUGGAUGGAUAUCACGCAACAAAUAUUCCCCUACAUGUGCUGUAUGCCGCUCAGAACUCAUAAAAUCGAAACCUCUCCUCCCAAACUAUGCCAUUGACAACGUCGUUAAACACCAUAUCAGUGCUCUGGCAGAGAGCGGUCGAACAGAAUGGCAGAAACAAGGAUAUAGGCUUAUUGAUUGGAAGAAGAGAUUGGAUGCAUGGAAGAAACAGUAUCCGAGUAUACUAGCGGAAGAGAAUGCUCGAGAGGUGCGAACACGACAACCCGUCGAUCACCCUGCCGAGUACUACGAAUCUCUUCGGCGUGCUUUGAACUACAGCCCGGCACCACCUCCUCCAACUAGUAAUCGUCGGUCGAGACGGAAUCGACGGCACCAUUAACGACGUAAUAGUAUCACGCUUCUCCACUGGACUUCCGCUGCAUCCUGUCAGAAUUCGAACAUUGACUUCUUGCAACUAAGGAAUUCUGCACACUAUCCUCUGGGACUUUUUCGGACCGACAUCCGUAUCUGUGACACUAAAGUUGUAUCGCGCAGCGUACUAGUUUUCUUUCUCCUCAUAAAGCUUUCAUUUCCGAUUCUAAGCUAUGCCAAAACGCUCGUCAGCGCUGAUCCAGGAAUAGUCAGAAUAAAUAAGACGA